GUUUUUUUUAAUGUAACAUAGAGCUAUCAAAGUUAGAUUGUAUGCAACGUACUAUUAAAGAAAGAAAGUAAUUAUAAUAAUUCCGUCGUUUUCUUGAUGGUACAAGCCAGCGCUGGUGUUAACGAAGUCGUAUGCUCGACCUUCAAUUGGAAUCGGAUUAUAUAGUUUAACAUCUGCAACAUCAGUAUUGAAACUCGUUGAAGCUGAGAUUUUGCAAAGGUUCUAUUUUAUGUUCGUAUCUAUUUCAGUUUCAUAUCUGCGCUCUUACACGAAGUCAGUGCAUAAACAUACUCAUAUACCAUCUUAGCAAAAUACCUUCUGGAUUGCUUAGUAUUCAUUGUUUAGGCAGUUCAAGAUGAAAUAUGGCUGUGUGCAAUUUAAUCCAACGAUUGGUCAAGUUCAAAAUAAUAUAGAAAAGCUGUCUUUGCUUUUGAAAAAGAACGAAGAUGCACUUCGUUCGGUGGAUUUGCUAGUAUUUCCAGAAUUGGUUUUGUCAGGUUACAAUUUCAAAAACAGCUCUGAAAUAGAGCCAUUUUUGGAAGAUAUCAAAGACGAAACAAGCCCUAGUUUAUCUUUCGCUAAGACUGUAGCUGAGCAGUAUCGCUGUUAUACUGUUAUCGGGUUUCCUGAAAUUCAACAAGUUAAAGAUCAAAAAUCUUACUUCAACAGCACAGCUCUGGUUUCACCCCAGGCAAAACUACUGAAAGUAUAUCAAAAACAUUUCCUAUAUGAUACAGAUAAAACUUGGGCGAAACAAGGAAAAGGAUUUAUGUAUGAUGAAUCUUUACCGGACUUAGGUCCUAUUUCUAUGGCUAUCUGUAUGGAUAUUAAUCCCAAAGACUUCACAGCACCUUUUGAAAAAUUUGAAUAUGGCAAUUUCAUCAAAGAUCAAAUAAUGAAAGAGUGCUCAUCGAUUGAUUCAGAAAAACAAAGGUCUCCAGUUAUUGCUUUAAGUAUGGCCUGGUUGCUCUGUGACUCAAAUUGCCUGGCGGUUCCUCAACCAGACUUAAUGAAUGUAAAGUAUUGGGUGGCUAGGUUGUCUCCUUUAGUAGACAUGGAAAAAGACUGUACUCUUCUGAUCGCUAAUCGCUGGGGGGAGGAAAGAGAUGUUACGUUCGCAGGUUCAAGUUGUAUUUUGCGUCUUGGGCAUGGCAAAGCUGUUGUUCAUAGUUUAUUAACAGCUACGGAAGAUAAUAUUGCUUUCGCAGAAAUUAAUGAUUAAAGAGAUUUAUUAGCAUAUGUGUGUCAUUAUUAUCUUUCAUCUGAACUUUUAAUGAACGAGAAACUAUUAAAGUUCUAUAUUCGAUCUAUAUUGUACAAAACCGUAAUUCACAGAGAGAAUAUUACAUACCAAACAAGAAGGCCAGCUCCUUUGUGUUUAAGCGUGAAA